CCUUAACGUCUCGAUAAUUUUUCACAGGACUUGAACAGCAAACACUUGGACCCGGUGGAAGUGUUUCGAGGCAUUCCAUACGCUGCCCCUCCCAUAGGAGAUUUACGUUUUCGACCACCGAUCUCACCGAUCCCGUGGGACGGUAUCAAACUGGCGGACUCGUUCGGCGCAGUUUGCCCGCAGCACUUUCCGGACAUCAGCAAUGACACAGCUGCUUUGUUGCAAAUGCCUCUGGGCAGAUACCAACAGCUGAAACGUUUGUACAUGUUCCUUACCAACCAGAGCGAGGACUGCCUGUUUCUGAAUCUGUAUAUACCCGGCAGUGGAUCUCGAGGACUGGAAGCGCCGUACGCAGUGAUGGUAUACGUUCACGGUGAAAGUUUCGAAUGGGGAACAGGGAACAUCUACGAUGGAUCCGUACUGGCCAGUGCCGGCCACGUUAUAGUAAUCACGCUUAAUUAUCGCCUUGGAAUCUUAGGUUUCUUGAGAACUCGUCCUUAUCCGGAUAGAACGCCCGGAUCCGGAGGAAAUCUGGCGUUGAAGGAUAUAGCUAUGGGACUGCGUUGGGUGCGCGAAAACAUCGCUGCGUUUGGAGGAGAUCCGACGAAAAUCACGUUGAUUGGACACGAUACCGGGGCUGCGCUCGUCAACCUUUUAUUGCUCGCUCCCUACGGGAAGGGUCUGUUUCAUCGCGUCGUGUUAUCGAGUGGGUCAGCAUUAAGCCCGUGGGCGUCUGUUCACGAUCCGAACGAGCUACGGUUGAAAGUAGGGGAGCAAAUAGGAUGUUCCACCGAGAACGACGAAGAUAUCGCCGAUUGUCUACGCGGCGUUCCUCUCCGUGAGCUGAUGGCUGUUGAACUGCCGGAAAUCCGAUUCGUGCCACGGAUCGGGCCAGGCUUGCCAGUGGACCAAAACAAUCCCGAUCCGGGGUUAGACAUGGAAAGGGCCAGCGACACGUUCAUCAAAGUACCUCUGAUCCUCGGUGUAUCGAGCACGGAGUCGAAUCUCGACUUCAACGAGAACGACAUUCAAUACGGUUUCGAGGAGGAUCAUCGAAAUCGAAUCUUGAGAACGUUCAUCAGGAACGCUUACGUUUACCACUUGAACGAGAUAUUCUCGGCGGUGAGGAACGAGUACACGGACUGGGACAAGCCUAUUUUGCAUCCUAUUAUUAUAAGGGACUCGACUAUGGAGGCAUUGAGCGAUGGCCACACUGUUGCUCCUCUCAUGAGGAUUGCUUUCUAUCACGCCAGAAGGGGAGCCAAAACGUACUUCUAUCACUUCAGCCAUCAGACCAAGGAUAGCGGGAUGUUGCAGCGUCUGGGCAGUAUUCGUGGCGAGGAUAUAUCGUACAUCUUCGGUCUGCCGUUGGUGGGUGGUGGAGCUUUCUUUUCACGGAAUUAUUCUCGCCAGGAUCAAACCGUCGCCGAAGCUGUUCUCACGUUUUUCACGAAUUUCGCGAAAACUGGCAAUCCGAAUGAGCCGCACAAAAUCGAAUCGGUGGAUUACGGUACACCGAAGGAAAAAACGCGAUAUCGUGGCCUUACGUGGGAGCAAUACGAGACUGGUACUCAACAAUAUCUCACAAUUGCUAUGAAACCAAAAAUGAAGAGCCAUUAUCGGGGUCAUAAAAUGGCGGUUUGGCUAAACCUGAUACCUCAACUCCACCGACCCGGCGACGAUGAUGUUUCUAUGCGUCAUCAUCAUUUUCGAGAGAGAGGCGAUCAUUUUUAUGCAGGACCAGUUCGAGACGAAUGGUACACACCCUUACCCCUAGUAGGAACAACUAAAGCCAGUGCCUCGUCCACAACAGCGUGCAGUACAACUACAGGCGAUGACAGUAUCACCGAAGAUAUUACCCCAAUCCUGGAUGAUUCGGAGGACGACGCUGAAUUGUUACAAAGACUAGCUUCUCGUCAUUACUACAGCACUACCACAGCUCUGGCAAUCACCGUGGGAGUCGGUUGCAUUCUGUUAGUGCUCAAUAUGUUGAUAUUCGCUGGUAUUUACUAUCAGAGGGAUCGAGACAAAAAAAGGGCAGCCAUGGAUUGUACACCAAACGGGCAAGAAUCUCUACCGAUGACCACCAGGUCAUCCAUAAAAGCUCCAGAAAGUCCCAGACCAGCCCAAGAACCACCACCAUCGUAUACUACCCUUGCGAGAAGUCCCUCUAUCCAGGAACAUCAACAAAUUGUCCAGAGUCAAUCGACAGAAGUUGACGAACAAUUUAAAAGUGAACAGAAACCUGGUCACGGGACCAGCAAUGCCAUUCACAAAGAUCCCAUUCCUCCAAAACCACCCACAAGAACAACCAGUUCUUUAAGUACUACCACCAGUGGCACCAAUACCAUUAAAAAACGUGUGCAAAUACAAGAAAUAUCCGUAUAGCAUUAGGGGUUGCCCUUAGAGGGCAACAUGAAGAACAAAAAGGUGACUUUCGUAGAUUUUGAGGCGAAUGGCGAAUCCAAGUUUUGAGAUGUGAAUUAAGAAAUGUUCAAUGACAAAGCUCAAGUUGACAAAGAAAAUUGUUUUCUUGGAUUAUAGUGGAAACAUCGAUGAAAAAUGGAAACUUUCGGUGUUUUUUUUCAACACUUGUUAAUGUAAACUCUAAAGGAGAAUGAAUUCAAAGCGUUCAUUCAAUUCUAUGUUAAGUAUUCUCUAAUUAUUCUGAUAUGUAAACAGCGAUAACUGCCAUAUGUUAUUAAAAAGACAAAGUGCUUUAAAGGAGGGCUUGAAAGACUAUUGUUCCUCGAUUAUGCACAUAGGACUCAAAAUAUUUAAUAUUUGAGUACGUUCCUUUAUAGAAUGUGAUAUAUUUCUUUCAGGAGAUAUUAUCAAAGUCACGUGUUACACAAGGAGAUUCAUAAUGAAUUAAUUCAAAAAAUAAUUAUUUCAUAAAAUAAUU